AUGAAGCCCAAAUGUGAUCAAAAUAAUUCAAGUAUUAUCGAAAACCUUCAGACCUCACCUAAAGGUCAGCUAGUUUACGAUCAUGAUUGGCAUACAAAUCCACAACGAAUGAAGGACAUUCUAACGAAAGCAAGCCAAGUAUCGGAUACAUUUGUGCAUUUUAAGAGAUGCAAUCAAGGUUUACAUUCGACUAAUGAUAUCAAUUCGCAUGACAUGGAUAUUGAUAAGCAGAACAAUAUCAAAUCCUACAAUAAAAGUUAUGGUUUAUUGCCAGAAUAUCUGGUCAGUGGUGAAGAAGACGAUGAUGAUGACGAAGGAUUAUCGCGAGAAGAAAAUCUGAUUGACGCUAAAUUGAUUGAAUUUGCUACAUGGAUGACAAAAAUGAAGGAAAUGAAACGGUCACUAUAUGAACGUAGUAAAAUUGCUGUCGAAUUAAAAAGGAAAGAUAGAUUACAACGUGAGAUGUUAGCAAAUAAUCGAGCCCAGCAACUGGAAGAACUAAGAAAUCAGCAAAUUAAAUCUCGUCAACUGCAACAAUCCCAUCAGCAAGAAGAGCAUGUUAAGAUGCUGGAAUCUGUAGCUUCUAAAGGAUUAGAAUUUAGCGAAUAUAUUGAAAAACAGAAACGUAAACUACUAGAACAUAUGCGCACAACUGUCUAUCAAAUUGUGCAAAUAGAAGAAAAGAUAAAUCAAAUUUUUAAUACCUACGAAAAAUCCAAAAUAUUGCAUCACUUACCGAAAUCUACUGAAGACAUAACUAGUAUACUUAAGAAUUUACAUCUAGCAGCCGAACAAGCUCUUACCCAAGCUGAUAGUAAUUCUCGUAGCAUUGACGAAAGGAGCGUAGCCACGGUCCAAAACUGUUUAUCAAAGGCUAAAGUCCUUCAGCAGCUUAUAGAAAAAGCCAGUAACAUCAUUGAGUCAGAGAUAAAGCAGACCAAGGCGAAAGAACUAGAGGCGGAAAAGAUCCUAGUCGCUAAGCAAAAGGAAGCAGCUGCGGCAGAUCAAACUAAUGAGAAAUUACCAAAAAAUUUAGCGGCCGGAUCUCACUCUAUAUUCCAGAAUGAAGAUGGAAAGAACGAAACUACUAAAGCUAAGACCAGCAGUAGCGGUAACAUUUACGUGCCAAAGUUUAUAUCAAAAAAUGCAUGGAAAGAAUAUAUUGCUAUCAUGCAGUCUCACAAAGAGUAUGAGCAGACGUUUAGCAAUUUAGUAAAUGAUUCUAAGGCAAAGAAGUAUCGCUUUGAUCUUCUUAUUGCUAUUACUACACCAAUCAAUACGAUUGCAAGCCAAUCCGCGGAGCAUCUAUUAGACAAAAUCAGAAGAUUACAUAAUCUCCUCAGUGGUAAGCAAGUGACUUGCAAAGGAAAAGUUGUUACAUCGACUGCACACCCUGAAGGCCCUUUAUUCUGUCGCGAUAUCAUGGCUUCAAAGUUUAUAAAACAAGCAGAUCAGCAGAUAUCGGCAAGUCAUGCAUCGGCUUUUCCUAUUGCUCUUACAGCACUUGGUGUAUGGUGUGAAUACCCUGAAAUGGGAAAUCUUUUUUUGGCACAUUUUUACUCCUUAUGUCCUUAUACUGUGCCUUUCAAUAUUCCAAGACUAGCCGAUCAGAAUGACAUCGAAUAUUUCAAGUAUGAUUACAUUUGCACUAAUUUAGCAGCUAGGAAACUUGGAUAUCAUGUCAAGGACGGCAACAUUGAAGAUGAAGAUCAAUAUCUUAAACGAAUGUCUGGUAUUAUCAGACUUUAUGCUGCAAUUAUUCAAAGUACACCACCUCAGGGACCUACCCAUGCACAUCCCCACGGUAUCGAAUAUGGAUGGAGAUGGCUAGCAAGAAUAGUAAACAUGCCACCAGUACCUAAUGUCACCGCAACACUAAUAUUUGAUUUUCUUCAAGUUGCCGGAAAUAAAUUAAACUUAACGUAUGGGAAACAAUUUGGAAAGCUAAUUACACUAAUAUGUAAAGAAUAUUACCCAAAGCUAGAAGCAGUUACUCCAAAAAGUAAGCGAGGCCCUCUAAGCCGCUUGCUACUAUUUUUACAGGACUGUUUGAAGAACCGUCACAUACCAAAAGCAGAAGGUCAUAUUGAUAAAUCAUUCUGGAAAUAG